CAACCCUAGCUCCAUCUCUUCGCCGCACCACCGUCAUGCCAUUGUAGCCCCAAAUCAGAGCGACGCUAACCCCCCAAAUCCGGCGUCCCCGGCUCAAAUCCCCGCCUCUCCGGCCGCCGGUCGCCGGAUAUGAAGGAGAAGAAGGCGGCGACGGCCGCGGCACCUGCGGCUGCCAAGAAGAGAUCGGGGGCUGCGGCGUCACCCGCAUCCAAGAAGCGCGAAUCCGGUGGAGCGGGCAGAGGCAGGCCGCGUAAGCGGGCACGCGAUGACGGCGACGGCGACGGCGAUCCACCCAGCCACGGCGAUCUCAUCAGCAAACUUCCCGACGACAUCCUGGGCACCAUCAUCUCGCUCCUGCCCACCAAGGAUGGCGCCCGCACGCAGGCCCUCGCCCGCCGGUGGCGUCCUCUGUGGUGCUCCGCGCCUCUUAACCUCCACGCCGACUACCACCUCUGCUCCAACGAGUUCAAGCGACUCUCGGUGGUCUCUAAAAUACUCUCCGACCACCAAGGCCCUGCCCGCCGUUUUUACUUCUGCUCCAUUCGCCUUCACAAAGACAAAAAAAGGUUCGCACAAGAAGCCGCUCAGGUCGAGAGUUGGUUCCACUCACGGGCCCUUGACGGCCUUCAGGAUCUCCACAUCCGCUUCGACCUCCUGGACCGUAGACAUCAGCCUGAGAAGCGUUACCCGCUGCCACCAUCGGUGCUUCGACUUUCAUCAACCCUUGUCGUGGCCACAAUCAGCUUCUGUGAAUUCCCAAAGGAGAUAGCUCCUUCUGUGAGUUUUCCUUUGCUCAAGCAGCUCAACCUAUGGCGUGUUUCCAUCUCUGAGGAUGUCUUCCGUGGGGUCCUCUCCGGUUGCCAUGUCUUGGAGUCACUAGCUCUAGAAAGCAUGGGUGAUGUGGGUUGCUUCCGUAUCAGCUCACCAACUCUUCGGAGUGUGCGCCUCAGUGCUUGUUUUCCAAACAAAGGAGAAUUGAUCAUCGAGGAUGCCCCUAGCCUUGAAAAACUGAUACUAUCUUGUUCAACCAAUGUUGGGGAUAAUAUCCGUGUAAUUAGGGCACCUAAACUGGAAAUAUUGGGCUAUUUGUCACCCUGCAUUUCUGAAAUCCUGAUUGCAAACCUACUCUUCAAGAGUUUAACCCCAGCCAGCUUGAAGAACACGAUAAGCACUGUCAAGGUUUUGGCUCUCGAGUUUUCCAUCCCUGAUUUGGAUGCUGUUAUUGAUGUCUUAAGAUGCUUCCCGUGCUUGGAAAAGCUCUAUGUCAUUGUGAGUACUCAUCUUUGCUUUCUUUGUGAAGUUUAUAGUUGAUCCUUACGCAAAAAAAUUUGUUUGUUCUAGUAUGUAGGAUUAACGUUUCUUCUUUCCUUUUUCAGUAUAUAAGACAUACUUAAAUAUACCUCUGAAAGAAAAUGUGCAUCAGUAUGACCCAAUAGAUCCAGUCAAAUGCCUUGAGACCCAUCUAAAAGAACUGGUGUUGAAGAAUUAUGAGGCCAGUAAGCAAGAUGUUUUCUUUGUGCAGUUCUUUGUUUUGAACGCAAAAGUGCUAAAGAAAAUCAAAUUUGGAGUUAGUAAGAAGCUCGGCAAGAAAUGGAUGGCUGAUCAGUACAGGCUGCUAGAAGUGGGAGCUAGAGCUUCUCCAGAUGCACAAUUGGAAUUCUUAUGUAGGGCUGAUGUGAAUCCCUUCACCUGAUCUUUGUUUAAAUGGGGUGGAUGCUCUUUCAGAAGACCUAAUAAUUAGAGUACUCGUUGUUAUUAUGAACUAUACCAAUAAGGAGUAUCUCCGUAAUUUCCAUUUCAGUUUAUGAAACAUUAUUCAGCGGUUAAAUGUUAAUUUCAAGAAUUACAAUUCUGUUUGAAUCA